UAGUAUUUACAUUUUGUGGUGUACGUGCGGAGCAUGGACGUUGAAGUUAAGUGAGUUAGGCCUAGUUGGUUUGAUGUCAAGGUUACAAAAUGGCAUUAUUUCGGAAUUUCAGUAAAUUCAGAGCUUUUGCAAAUGAUGUGCAGACCUUAACAGAGGGUUUCUGCUUCAACACACGGGCAAAAGCAGUUACAGUGGUCGGGACACUGGACAACAGCUGGAGAUCUCUACAGCUGCAUACACCUGUUACAUCUUUCACCACAUACCAAUAUAGGGUAUCAGACUGGCACCUCUUGGCUCAUGGAUACAAGCCACAUCCGAUAGUAACAGAUGAUGUGUUGAUCUCAUCAAGCAGCAGUUGGGGGCGGAGCUUAGUCAGUGGACGUGGCUUCCAGACCAAGUCUCACCCCGACCACAGCACCCUGACUCAAAGUUCCAAGACGGAGAAUGGCGCCGAGUCAAAAACAGAGAAAGAUGCCAUGCAGGGAAAACAAGAGGAUUUGGCGCCCGACGCCGGGCGUAAGGACGCGGAUAGCAGCGUCGAGGCAAGACAGGACAGCGAAGAACAAGACGAGGAUGACGAUGAUGAGCCAAUUGUCGCCAAGUACGACGAGACGGGUAAGCCACUGAGUAACUGGACCAGGAUGAAGAUGAUGAUGAAGGCGUAUGGUUACGUCAUCAUUCCGGUCCACUGGGUCAUCGCCCCGUUCUGGUUCGGCGCAUUCUACUACACCAUUAAAAUGGGUGUGGAUAUUGCGCCCUUCCUCCUCAAGAUUGGCAUCAGCGAGCACCACGUCGCCACGCUCAAGAACUCGGGGGCCAGCAACGCCCUGAUGGCCUACGCCCUGUACAAGAUCUUCACCCCGCUGCGCUACACGGUGACGGUAGGGGCCACCGAGAUGACGGUCCGGUACCUGAGACGGAAGGGUUACAUGAAGCACCCGCCGCGCAAGGAGAAGACAUAUCGGCAGUCACUGAAGGAGACUGUGCAGGAGGUCAAAGACAGAAUCGACAACAGAAAAUGAAGCAACGAGAGAGAAAGAGAGAGAGAGAUAGAUAGAAAAAAAUGAAUCAGGAAGAGUCUUAUUGAUGGAACUGUACGGAGAAACAUCUCACGUCUGUCAGCGUUGCCACCAGGGUCAAAGGUCAUUAAGCCGAUGUGCCGAAAAUAUGGCGUCAGGUCUCAUCACUUGCUGGUAACUGUUUGUGUGCUUGUGGAAAUUUAUGUGCUGGAGGAAAUGUCUCCUAAAAUCACUAGUGCUUUUUAACUUGUGAUUUUUUUUUUCUGGUGAGCCAUAGCGUAAAAUGUACCUUCACAAAAUAAGAAAUUGAAGAAUUUUGAUAAAAAUGCUGUGUGUGAUUGUUAAAAUUCAAACUUGUCAAGAGUUUUUCCAGACUAUCCCAGAUACUUCAAAAUCCAGAGAGAGAUUUGGACAAUUUUGCAGAAAAUAAGCAAUGAGAUGUCACCUACUGUGACUUUACAUGACACUUACGUACCCCUGUAAUGUCAUUAACUUCCUGCAUCUGUGAAGGAUCUCAGGAAUAUCUUUAAGAUUGUUGGAGAGAUUGGUAGCUCUUUGCCGAUCUGUCCGUGUUAGAAGACCGCUUGUAGCACAUUUGAGCAAGGAGCACAGUCGGAACCUUUGCCUUGCUACCAUUCCCCUACAUUUGCAACAUCUGAUGAUGAAAGUACAGGGGUAGGGAACCAGACUAUCUUCCAGUGUCAAAGUGUACAGAGUACCAAAGUGACUGUGUCGCGCACACCAUCAUGUGUGUGAGAGGCGUUAGGCAGAGAACCGGCGCGUGAACCGUCAUGCACGCAUAGUCCAUUCGUUUGCACCGCACCGCAUGGUUCAAAAUGACAUCACACUUUAGUAUAGUGUUGUAUUGAACUCACUGGGUUCAUUUUAUUUCAUUUUGUAUCUCUCUUAAGCCCCAAGGAUUUUCCGCUUAUAUUGAUGGAUCAUUUUGUAUUCAUUGUACAAAUGUGGUAGCUUUCAUGUACUUCCAUGGGCUCAAAGAGAACAUUUAGCUUAUUGCUGCAAUCAUCAAUCAAUUGUUACUACAUGUAGUAAAAAUGUCUAUUCAAGCCACCGAUAAAAUUGUUUUGGCUGAAUUAUAGAAUUUGAUGUUCCAUUGCAUGGAUGUAUACUGGUUUUUAUUGUUUAUUUUGAUAAUCAGUGACAUCAAAUGAGUAAUUGGCCUGUCUCCAUUCAGUUUCUGUUUUGAAAAUCAACGAGAGGUCUCAGUUUGCUUUGCUGUCCACUCCAAGCGAAACAAAAGAGGGCGCGUUUCAUUAGCACUCAUCGCAUAGGCGCUGAGUACGCAUAACUAAUUUACUCCGGCAUGUAUGGUCUUCGCGUACAUGCAGAACUCAUGCAAGAACCCACUUGUAACCACCUGUCUUUCUCUUUGCCCAUAGGGGGUGCUCUUCCGCUCGGGGCCGAUAGGGGAGGUUUGGUUAAGUUUGGCAACCUUUAAAGAAAUGAAUGUGGCAUCUGCUGCAAACAGUGGUUAAAGAUCUGUUUUUACUGUAACAUAUUGAAUUGUUUUUAAGUAGAUUCUAAAAUCGAAACAAAUGGUGGAUGAACUUGGAUGCUUGAUGGUUUGGUAGUCUUGUUAAAUGCGUGGCUGUAGGUAAUACUUCAUACUUGAAGAUCACAGUGAAGUGUGAAGUGUCUGGUACAAACUACAUGUAUUUCAGAGUUGUUGCAAAUGGAGAUAAAGUACAUGUGGCAAUAAUGAA